GACACAACAUGGCGUCUUUUGUCGUGGAAAUGUCAGACCUGGUGUAAUGGGACGUUUACCUUUUAAAACAGACUGCAAAUAACGUUAGCCAUGUGGAAAAAGCAAAAACAUAAAGAGGAAGUUUUGUAAGAAGCAAAAAAUCAAGAUGACAUUUUCUCCAGGAGAUCUGAAAGACGUGGCAAACCUUGUUGCUAGGAAGCUGGAGGUGUACAUGAAUAAAGAGAGGAGGGAGACACGGUUCCAGCCAGCUGGGUGUUUCAGAACAACAAAGAAAAUGCAGAAGUAUGACCUCCUACAGAGAGUAAUGGAGACCUCUGAUCUCGAACAAAUCCCAGCACCUCCAUCAAAGAGUCCGCAGAGGAAGAGUCUCAGGAGGAAGAGCCCUGACGGAAAAGUGAAGAUGGCCCAUAAAUCCAGAAAACAAGAUCCUUCCAAGGAAUGGAAAGGAACCAAAGAUAAGAGGUUUGAUGUGUCACAAAGUGGCAAAGACAAGUGGAAAGCACAGUCGGACUCGGACAGGAGGGGGGAGGCGGACAAGAGGAGGGACAAGGAUGGAGUGCUUCUGAAGAGGGAGACAUGGGUGCGGGUUGUUGAUGAUGAUGAGAGUUUCAGUGAUCCAAGUUCACCUGAUAUGAAGCUGUCUAUCUCUCCCAAGCUGAAGAAGACGUCCCUCUCUGUUGUGGCCAAAAAGGAAGCUGCCCGUCUGUCCGAAUAUGCCAGCAAUGUCUUCGAUGGUCAGGACCUGGACAAGCUUCAGGUGAUUCACCGGUACCGACCCAACAGCUCCGACAUCCCCCAUAUCACGGAGAACGGCAAGGUCCAGAACUACACCUGCCACGUGGGGUCAGCACUCCAUGCCAAGAAAUACGUGGAUUACUACAUCAAGGAAGGACUCCAGACAGGCAGGAAGGAAUACUCUAAAAGACUUCAAGAGCUGAAACGGGGCACACCGACACCUUCAGAGAAGGGCUCGGAGAAAGGAUCGGUGCAGUCUGUGAAAACUGCAGCAUCAGCGUCGACAGUGAGAAGUGAGGACUACAGAGACACCUGUAGAGAGAGAACGAGGGUGAAGGAAACUCGCGGCUAGAGGCACACUUCCACCAAUCACCUCAACGGAUCUAGUCAGUCCUCGUUCAAGUCAUUCCAUGCAGUCAUCCGAUUCACCCAUGUCCAGCCGUUACUCUUCUUCGUCCUUCAACUCAGACCUGACCUCCACCUACA